GCGGUUGUUUCUGAAUCCUGACGGUGAAAAACGGGGCUCGCAUGUGCGGUUUUCUCCGGUUGGACUGAGCAGAGACGGUUAGCAUGGUGAAGUGCGUGGUGUCCGGCUGUCCGAACCGCGUGCAGAGCGUGAACCGGGGCAUCUUCAACCGACCGCAGAAGAGGUUCUUCAGCUUCCCCAAAGACCCGACGAGGGUCAAGGUAUGGCUGGCAGCGCUGAGGGAGCCGGACAAGCAGGACUCUGAGGAGCAGCAGAUGAUCUGUGAAGACCACUUCCUGCCGGAGGACAUCUCCAGCAAUGGGAUCAAAAGCGAUGCCAUUCCCAUCAUGCCCCCCUGCCUAGGUGGGCCCAUGGGCAUGAUCAGCCCCUGGGGAGCCGAGCUGUCUGACGAAGAGGAUCAGUGGGCUGCUGGUGGUGGUGACGAUGAGGAUGAAAGUGUUGAAGACGAAGGUGAAAAGGACGUUACUACAAAGCCUUCUGCGUCAGGACCUCCUGCCUCAGCGCCACCAAAGCCGGAUCCAGUUGUCAAGAAGGCUUCAGCAGCUAAGACGACCAGUGACCUCCUGCAUCAGAGGACAGAGAAGAGUCAGACCAGGACAUUCACUCGACAGGACGUGUCCCUGGGACUGCUGACGGAGCGUUUCCUGGAUCUGCUGCUGAUGGCUCCAGACGGCUCCCUGGACCUCAGGCAGGUGACCUCCAGCCUUCAAACACGUAAGCGGCGAGUCUACGACAUCACCAACGUCCUCAACGGCAUCCAGCUCAUUGAGAAGCAGUCGGCCAACAAGAUCAAGUGGAUAGGAAGCACUCCCAUCUCCAGCUUUCUGUGGAAGAACCAACAGAAGUUUAAGAGGGAGAUGGAGAACCUGAAGCUGGUGGAGGACACGCUGGACACCCUCAUCAAAAGCUGCGCCCAGCAGCUCUUUGACAUGACGGACGACCUCCAAAACUCUGCGUCGGCCUACGUGACUCACGAGGACAUCAGCCGGCUCGGAGCUUUCCAGGAGCAGACGGUGAUUGUCGUCAAAGCUCCAGAGGAAACCAAACUGGAGGUUCCUGCUCCUAAAGAGGACAGCAUCCAGGUCCAUCUGAAGGGCGGUAAAGGUCCCAUCAUGGUGCUGACGUGUGACAUCGAGACAGGAGAAGCUGUGGCAGAAGAGAAGAGCGGCUGCUUCGUAACGCUAAAGGAAAGCCGGAUAAGGACGUCCUCGCUACACACAGAGUGUUCGAGUCCACAGAGCGCCGUGCAGAGCUCGUAACCACCAACCGACCACCAGGAGACGCCAGCUGUCUUCAGAGUUUGGACCGACCAAAAAAAGAAAUAAAUAAAUAAAAACACACAAGCCUACAGAGAUCGCCAGGUGUUGCACAAAGACUGGAGAGACGUACUAACUGUCACAGGAAGUUGACUCAGCUGAUAUCUGUUUAAGCAGCGAAAACACAUCGAAACCGUGACAAGGGAGCAGUGUUUAUGGAUUCGUUUUUAUUUGCACCGUUUUUAUUUUUUAAAGCUUUCUGGGGAAGAAGUCAUGUAAAGGACGAAUGUGUGGACUUCGUCAGUUUGACCUGGAUGACUGCAGUUUUAUUUUUGUACGAGAGAUAACUGAGAAGUGAGCUGCUGUGCUUCUGUACUGCAGAGUUUUUGGAGGCCUUGUAUUAUAUGCUACGGUCUGACUUCCUGACUUACAUUUGCUGUAUAAUAUGUUACUUCUUUGUUUGUAUUUUGUGUUUGUAUGACUCUUCUUUGUGUUGUCACUAUUACGAUGGUUACAUCAUGGUUUGGACAGUUUAGUAAACACACCUCCAAGAUGCUGUAAUCAAUAAAAAAAGAAAAUCUCGUAUGAAACUGUAAAA